AUGGGUUUUCCCUUUUUCGGUAUAAAUCGAUUUCAUAUUUGCGCAUUAUUAACAUGGCAGAUUGCCAUUUUCUUUGCCGGACAAAAUGUUUUCGGCAUAUUCGCCAAUUAUUCACCACGUUGGAGUUGUGGAAAUUCGACUUUUGGAAAAAAUUGUGCCAUUCUUGAGAAAUGUCCAAAAGAACAACUGAAAUAUGCCGAAAAUGAAUUUCAAUCUGCUGCCAUGGAUUUUGAAUGGAUAUGCGGUUCAAAAUCUUUUUAUGGAAGGCUUUUCACACAAAUUCAAUUCGUUGGAGUUCUUUUAGGAACUGUUACGUUUGGUUUUAUAUCUGAUUCGAUUGGCAGAAAACCAACCGGAAUAUUAGUUCUUUCGAUGGCAAUAAUUGCGACAAUUGUCAACGGACUCUCACCAUCCGAUCAUUUUCUGUUGGCAACAAGGUUUUUCGUCGGAUUAGCAACGGGUGGAAUUCUAGUGGUAAUUUGUACAUGGUGUAUGGAAGUAAUCGAACCUAAUCAGAGAAUGGUUUUGCGAGGAGUUUUCAACUGGGGCUGGACGCGAAUUGCUCUCACAAUAAUCGCUUAUUUCUGUCGGGAAUGGAGAUUGUCGUUGUUGGUUUGCGCAGGAUGCGUGGUACCGGCUCUUCUUUUGGUGAUCUUCGUUAUUCCCGAAUCGCCAACAUGGCUGCACAGCAAGAAUAAAAAACAAGAAAUGAUUGAAAGCGAGCAAAAAAUAGCAAAAGUCGCUGGAAUUGAGUAUAUUCCACUAGUUCACAAACAAACUGAGCCAAAAUCGAUUCUGGAGACAAUUCGAGCCGAAGGAAAUUUGAAAAAACUCAUUGUCCUUUGGAUAAUGUGGUUUAUCGCCUCAAUUUGUGGAUUUGCCAACGAUUUGAAUUCGAAUAAUUUAUCCGGCGAUUUUUAUCUUAAUCAGAUUUUAUUCGGAAUUCUUCUAGUUGUUUCCAAAUGGGUUCUUCUCGCUGUUGAUCAAACUUUCGACAAUUUCAAAAGACGAACUCUUCAUCAAGGAGCGCAAGCGAUUUCGAUUCUUAUCUUCAUCGUUCUCACUAUUUUCACAUUCAUCGAUUAUGGUGGUAUUGCCUUCCUGAUUCUUUACCUUUUGGGAACGGUAUUCAUCGAAUAUACAUGGGACGCGUGCUAUCUGUGCGCGAUCGAAUCGAUGGAAACUCCUUGUAGAUCGAGUGCUGCUGGAACAUGCAGUUUUGUCGCCAGAAUUGGUGGAAUUUGUGCGCCAUUUUUGAACCAUUUGAACACAUUAUGGCCUGGAGCGGUGUUCAUCACCGUCGUCGUUCUUGGCACAUUCAACCUCAUCAUCUCCUAUCUAUUUCUGGAAGAAACAAAAAACAAAAAGCUGGACGAGAUCGAUGACGAGCAAGAUGAAACAAUUGUAGUAGUUCGAGAACCGCCGAAGUGCUCAAAUUAA